UAUAGGCUUUCUUCAAGGGUUGUUUCAACUUCACCUUUUGUGUUGAUAAAUUUUGUUGAUGAAAUAUGGAUACUGUUGGUAAAACUUGACUUCUUUGGUUGUUUGAGCACAGAGGCUCCAGAACCUUUACUGAAGAAAAGCUCGAAAGGAUCCCUCGGCAGAGAUAUUGCUCUCGCUAAGCUUGAAGAUGAUAAGAGAUUGUCAUUUAUCAAGGCAUGGGAGGAAAGUGAGAAAAGCAAAGUGGAGAAUAAGGCACAAAAGAAGCUGUCUGAGGUUUCAUCAUGGGAAAACAGCAAAAAAGCAGCUCUUGAAGCCCAACUAAAGCAAAUUGAGGAACAAUUGGAGAAGAAGAAAGCUGAUUAUGCAGAAAAAAUGAGAAACAAAGUAGCUCUCGUUCACAAGCAAGCAGAAGAAAAGAGGGCUAUGGUUGCAGCUCAACAAGGCGAAGAAAUUCUCAAAGCAGAGGAGAUGUCGGCAAAAUUUCGUGCAACCGGGCAUGCUCCUACAAAGGUUUGUGGGUGCAUCGGAGGCUAAGAUUCUCUCAUUUGGUAAUCAAAGAUCUGGGAUAUUGGCAUGUCUUCCCUGUAAAGUGUGUGUCUCUUUAUUUUUGUGUUUUUAACAAAUUCAGGAUAUGACUUGAAUUUGUUUUCCGUGUGAUCUUGUAUAGUGAGAGUACUUUUGGCUUGUGGUAAAACAAGUUAAGUUGUUUAUUACUUAUGUCAAAAGUUCCCGUCGCUAUUCGAGAUUUUUAUUUAUUUAUGUUUAUAUUUUCAAGUAUAGAACAUAUUGCUCGUCCCGGUGUAGCACCAUGGACAGUGCUUCUCUGCUAAAAAUUUAAGCUAUUAAAGAUUCGAGGUUUUUAUUCA